AGUGAGUGUUUUCAGUGAGACAUGAGUGGUUUGUGAAGAGGUGAGUCAACAAGAAGACAGCACAUCACCAACUCACGGAGCAAAAACAAGAGAAUGCAGGGGGGAAAUGAAGAUUCUUCCAGGGAAGCAGUGCAGAGCAAGCCAGCUGUCACAGCCAGGAGAAUCUUUCUGACAGAACACAAGCCUGAGGAUGGUCAUAGUCCACAAAACGAAAUAUCAAAAGGAAAGGAAAUACUCUCAAAGGGAACAAACAAACCAGAGCAAGAGGAGACACCUGAAAUGUUUUCAGAUAAACUUAACAAAUGGCUUGAAAGAGAGAAAAAUAAAGUUGACUGGAUCAGGCUGGUCCUGAUUGGGAAGACUGGAGUUGGAAAAAGUGCCACAGGAAACACCAUCCUGGGAAAAGAGGAAUUUAAGUCCUCCACUGCAAUGGUAUCUGUCACAGCAGAAUGUCAAAAAAAGAAUGCAAUCAUUGGCUCCCGAGCCGUGCAGGUAGUUGACACUCCAGGUCUGUUUGACACGGCUGUCUCCAAUGAGAAGAUCAGAGCAGAGAUUGGGAAGUGCAUCACCAUGUCCUCACCAGGACCCCAUGUGUUCCUGCUUCUGAUCUCCAUGGGACGCUUCACCAAAGAGGAGAGAGACACGGUGAAGAUGAUUCAAGACACAUUUGGAGAGAACUCCAGAGCAUACACAAUGGUAGGCUUCACCAGAGGAGAGAUUCUUGAAGAUGAAGACUGUACCAUUGAGAAAUACAUCCAGACAGGCCCAGCUGCUUUGAAGGAACUCAUUGAGGACUGUGAUGGCCGGUACCAUGUCUUCAGAAACAAAGAAAAAGAUAAGGGUCACCAGGUUAGUUCUCUCCUGGAGAAGAUUGACAAGAUGAUUCACCAAAAUGGAGAAAGAUUCUAUACCACAGCCAUGUAUGAAGGAACUGAGAAACAAAUCAGACGAAGAGAGAUUAAACUCCUACAAGAGAAACUGGAGAAAUUGCAUAUUGAAAAGAAAAAACACGUAGACGUAGAGGAGAAGGUCUUUGGUGAGCUCUCCAAAAUUCAAGGUCAACUGCGUGAAAUAGCAGAGAAAGCUCAAGCUGAAGAGACAGCUAAAAAACUACAACCACCUGAAAAGAAAUGUGUUAUUACAUGAGAACUAACACACAUUUAUCUCAAAAUUAUUAGAACAUGAAUGAAAGGUUUUUCUAGUCUACUGUGUAUUACUAAUCCAUCUUUUUAGCAUGUUUUU